AUGAAACACAUGUCAAUUUUUUUUUUGUCUUUCUUUUUCUUUUUUAUUUCCCCAAGUAUUAAAUGUUAUAAAAAUUUUUGUUUUAGUUUUCUUAGUGUUAAAUCUAACAAAAAUAUUUCUAAAGAUUUGAAUGAAUUAUAUAAUAUAAAUGAAGAAUUAGUUGCAAAUGAAAAGGAAGAUGAGGAUGAUGAAGAAGAAGAAUUAGAAAAUUCAAAUUUCGAUCAUAUAGCGCAUAAAAAUCUUGAAAAUGCUGAAGAACAAGCAACUAUUGAUCUUGAAAAUGCAGAAAUAGAAAAUCUUUUAGAUGAUGAAAUAUUUAAAAUAAUUCAAGAAAGACUAAAAAAAUUAUGGUAUAUUGGUAAAUGCAGAAGAGACUACUCUAGUAUAUGCCCUUUAGAAUGGAAAAUAUCUUCUUAUGAUGAAAACCUUUGUAUUCCACCUGAUACAUAUGAUGGACAAUGUAGAUCAAUAGAUUUUUCAAACAGUACAAGUGCAGAUAAAGAGCUUUUUGCUUGGAAAUGUGAAGUUGAAUGGCCAUGUGUUGAUUCUCCUAAAUUAAAAGUUUUGGACAAGUGCCCAAUGAGAUGGUUAUCUGUAGGGAAUAAUCUUUGCGUAGCACCAGAA